AUUGCAAAUGGUCGCUUAAUAACAGAUGCUCUUGAGCGUUACGCGACGCGAGUUAGCAUUUAUCUGUCAAAGGAUAGUGCCGACCGGCUGUGUACAUUGACGAGCCGGUCGACGCGUGUUCGAUUUAAGCUCGUAAGAGUGAUCGUAUAUAGCAUACUAUCUCUCUUUCUUCCUCCUUCAAAUUUGUUUCUCUCUUUUUCCCUCUAUCUCUCUCUUUCUCACUCUGACUUUUAUUCUCUCUUUUCCUCUUUAUAUAUCUGCGCUCAUUUUACUCUUUCUCUCUCUCUUCUCUCCCUCCUACUCUUUUUCUCUUUCUCCCUCUCUCCGUUCUACGUCGCUCGUCAGUUCGUCCCGCACGCGUGGUCGAGUUUAGUUAGCCGCGCGUACUCGAGGUAAAUACGUGCGUGUAUAUAUAUAUAUAUAUAUAUAUAUAUAUACACAUAAUACAUAUGUAUCUCAGUUUCGCGUCGUCGUUUCGCGACGUAGCCAAAGGGGAACGAGAGAAGUGCGCGUACGUCGAUAAAUAAGAGAAUAAUAAAAGUAAGAGAGAGAGAAAGAGUGAGAAGAGAAGAGUAGAAAAGAGAAAGAGAGAGAGAGAGAGAGAGAGAGAGGGGGGAAAAAACCCGAGUUGUGCGUGUAUCUCGCUAGUGGAGUUUCUUCCUCGUUUGAGAGGAAUCAUUCUCUUUUCCUUUCUUUUAUUGUUUAUUAUGCAAAUUAAAAGAUAUUCAUAACUUCGAUCUACAUUGUGUUGUAACAGUGAUUGGGAAGGGGAAAAAAAAAGAAGAGGAAAAAACAAAAUACAGAAAAACCCACGCACGUUUACACAUACACACAUACGAGAGAGAGAGAGAGAGAGAGAGAGAGAGAGACAGAGAAAGAGUGAGAUUGUGAAGAGGAGAGGUGAGAUACGCAAACACACAGUGGAGAAAAAGUAGAAGUAAAUAAGCAAGAAAAGGGACGAAAAACGACGACACGGUGGUGUUCCGCUUGGGAAGUCGAAAAAUGCGAAGGGGACGAAGCGUCGCGUUACGCCGCCUCCUCGUCGUCGUGGCCCUGCUCUCUCUUUCUGCGGCUGCCUACGCUUUGCCAGCAGGUAACGACAACAAGCGAUCAAGGACGUGCGACAUCUCGAACGCGGGGACAUCCUGUGCCAAGAAUGAAAGAUGUGUCCAGAAAAAGAUCAAUGAUCAGGUAGAAUCGUUGUGCGACUGCGAACAAGGUUACGAAUACGUAAAGGAUGAUGAGUGCAAGCUUAGUGUAUCGCAGAUUCUAAUCAAUUCGACGACGUUCAGAUCAGAUCACGCAGAGGAUUCAGGAGGUAGCUCAGUAGCCGCCGGUCUUUUGAUACCAACUUUCCUCAUAAUAAUUGGCGUCGUACUAUAUUUCGGUGCGAGACGAUAUAGUUGGCUCCAACGAUUUCGACAAUACCGGCAACGUCGUUACGGCAACGUCCUAGUCACAAGAGACGACGAUGACGAUGACGAUCCUCCAAUAGCGUAAGAAGAGAGAAAAAAUGUUUGGAAAAGAAAUAAAUAAGA